AACUGAUCGACCCCGCCGCAAGCACUUGCUAUCGAAUCAAAAUUUCCACAGCCUGUUGAGCACCAAUCUAAGCUCCGGUCCAUUCGCCGCGGCAGCGAGUAGGAUCGGGCGCUAGACACACUAAUCCCUAAUCUACUCGCACAACCUCGAGGUACAUGAUAUGGGAGACCCCGAACCCAGCAAGACAAUAGCCGACUCGGACGGCCUUUUCGCAGCCCAAGCCGACUCGAUCAUCAAAUCAUACACCUUCGCUAACACCUCAAUCAACUGGCAUCCCGAAGACGAACCUAACAGUCUCGCCAAAGCCGACGCUCUCAUAAAGUUCCACAUCUUCGCCAACCCCCAAAUCCACCCCGAGGACGCCCCCGACACCCUCACCUCAGCCGGCGAGCAACUCUCCUCCCUAGCGUCGACCUUGCUCAAGCUCCUCUCCCAAACCUCCUCCCGAGCCUGGGAGCGAGACCUCCAGUUCAAUGACCUCACCGAAGAAGUCGCACGACUAAAAGACCAGCUCCGCGACAGCGUGACGCUCUGCGAUCUAGCAAACCCGCCUAGACGACCCAUGAGCGCGCUCGAAGUUGCCUACAAGAAGGCCGCCGAGGCGCGCAAGGAUGAUUUAGCUAAGUUAGACAAAAAGAAUCAGGAGAUAGAAGCAGAACUGGAAGCACUGAGGGCGGAGCUAGAACGCUUGAAAGCCGAGUUAGAAAGCCUGAGGGAGAAGCUUGCCAAUGAGAGGUCGAAGAAUUGGAUGUUGAAGUACCAGUGGAUGGACAUGGGCGAGGAAGUUUGGAGGCUGAAUGUGUGGUUGAGGAAUAGUGUUGCGUUGUGCGAUCUGGAGCAUCCACCGAGGAAGCCGAAGGCGGCGAUGGAGAGAGCGUUGGAGGAGAAGAUUGCGAAGCUUGAGGCGCGGAUUCGGAAUCCGAUUGGUAGAGGGAGAUCAAAGUCUGUAACUUUUUGAUGGCUGGUUCGGGGUCGGAUGUUUGAUUUCCAAUGCAUUGGGCAGUGAACAAGUUAUGGGAUAUUUAAAAGGUUUGUAUUAUCUUGCUUGGUCUUCUUGGGUCUCUAGCAAAGCUAGGCACCCUUUCUAAUAGUUUUGUGUGGUGGCAAGGCUGGUGGUUGGUGUGGCCUACACCAACUGAACUGUCUAACCACCUCACACUAGUGAAGGCUAAGGACAUCCGUAUAAAGAAAUGGAUGAUCCCACGUUUAC